CUUCCGUUUCUGCAUCAAAAUGGCCACCGGUAUAGAUGAUGUCCUGAAACACUCGGUGCACACUUUGGUGUUUCGCUCACUAAAACGCACCCAUGAUAUGUUCCUGUCUGACCAGAACUUUAUACCCACUAACGAUGAAAAAUGCGAGAAACUAUGGGCCAGUAUAAAAUUACGCAGCGAAUACAGCAUGGUAAAAGACAUGCCGCGACCCGAUCUGCCGCACUCGAAAAAGCUUGCGGACCACAUCGGAGGUUCCAACUCGGUCAAUUCCAGCGAUCAAGAUGGGGACCAAAAUCAGAUAGAGUUCCGAAAAACCGUGCUGUCCGAUGGAUCAGUUGUAUCUACACCUGUGUCAAACUCGAUGCAAUUGGCUACUUACGACUCUAAAAGUUCGGACCAGAGUUCAAAAAUGCUAACGAGCUUGAACCAAACAUUAAUUCCCCGUAAAGCACCUACCAUGCCCAAACCGGAAUGGCAUCCUCCUUGGAAGUUGUAUAGAGUGAUAUCUGGUCAUUUAGGCUGGGUCCGUUGUAUAUCCGUGGAACCCAAAAAUGAAUGGUUUGUUACGGGCGGUGGUGACCGCGUCAUAAAGAUUUGGGACUUGGCCAGUGGCACUCUGAAGUUGUCUCUGACCGGACACAUCAGUUCUGUGCGUGGUGUGUGCGUCAGCCCUCGCAAUCCUUAUCUCUUCUCUUGCGGCGAGGACAAACUGGUGAAGUGUUGGGAUCUGGAGUACAACAAAGUGAUUCGUCACUAUCACGGACAUUUGAGUGCUGUCUACGGUUUGGACAUUCACCCUACAAUCGAUGUUUUGUUGUCGUGCGGACGUGAUGCUACGGCUCGUGUGUGGGACAUGCGGACAAAAGCGUGUGUCCAUACCAUGACCGGACAUACCAACACUGUAGCUGUUGUCAAAUGCCAAGCAGCUGAACCACAGGUAAUUACUGGUAGUCAUGAUUGUACAAUUCGUCUUUGGGACCUGGCAGCUGGACGUACCCGUGCUACACUUACCAAUCACAAGAAAAGCAUUCGAUCAUUAGUCCUUCAUCCAACCAAGUAUUCCUUCACAUCAGGUUCCCCUGACAACAUCAAGCAGUGGAAGUUUCCAGAUGGCAACUUCAUCCAGAACUUGACCGGACACAAUGCCAUCAUCAACACUCUUGGCAUGAACUCUGACAAUGUUCUGGUGUCUGGUGCUGAUAACGGCACAAUGUAUUUCUGGGAUUGGAAGACAGGCUAUAACUUCCAGAGGAUCCAAGCUGCUGUACAGCCAGGCUCUAUUGAUUCAGAAGCUGGUAUCUUUGCCUGCACCUUUGAUCAUAGCGGAAGUCGGUUGAUUACUGGGGAAGCUGACAAAAGUAUAAAGAUUUACAAAGAAGAUGAGAAGGCAUCGGAAGAAACUCACCCCAUUAACUGGCGACCUGACAUUCUAAAAAGAAAGCGAUAUUAGCCUAGUUAUUGCCAUUUUCAGCUGAUCAUAUUCAUCUUACAUUUUUAUAUUCAUAAAAUAUUUUAUAAAUCAUUUCAAACUGAA